CGGGGUGGCACUUAGUCACCGGUCUGCCGCUGCCUGUAUUCAGCGCUCCGCCCGCGCGGCUUGUUCGCCUGCUCUGCGCCGCGCCCGCGAUCGCCCGGCUCCUACGGGCAGAAGAACAGCCAGCGGCAGCCCUGAGGCCCCGGAGCGUGUGGUGACUGUUUCCUCUCCUGCCCACCUCUGCAGAAGCACUGGGCAGGUGGCAUCAUGGCCUUCUCCCAGGUGCAGUGUUUGGACAACAGUCAUGUCAACUGGCGCUCCAGUGAGUCCAAGCCUGAGUUCUUCUACAGCGAGGAGCAGCGCCUGGCGCUGGAGGCGCUGGUGGCCCAGGGCCCCGAGGCCUUCUACGAGGUGCUGAAGAGGGAGAACAUCCGCGACUUCCUCUCGGAGCUGGAGCUCCAGCGCAUCCUGGAGACCAUUGAGGUGUAUGACCCGGGCUCCCAGGACCCUCGGGACACAAGCUGCUCCCAGGGCCCCGAGGACAAUGGAGUCAGGAACGGUGAGGAGGCCAGUGGGGCAGGUGGAGCCCCCACAGAGGCCGAGCCGCCACCCUCGCUGGAGUACUGGCCCCAGAAGUCAGACCGCUCCAUCCCACAGCUGGACCUGGGCUGGCCCGACACCAUUGCCUACCGUGGUGUGACCCGGGCCAGUGUCUACAUGCAGCCCCCAAUCGACGGGCAGGCCCACAUCAAAGAGGUGGUGCGCAAGAUGAUCAGCCAGGCCCAGAAGGUGAUAGCCGUGGUCAUGGACAUGUUCACCGACGUGGACAUCUUCAAGGACCUGCUAGACGCCGGCUUCAAGAGGAAGGUGGCCGUGUAUAUCAUUGUGGACGAGAGUAACGUCAAGUACUUCCUGCACAUGUGUGAGCGGGCCCGCAUGCACCCGGGACACCUGAAGAAUCUCAGGGUGCGGAGCAGCGGGGGAACAGAGUUCUUCACGAGGUCGUCCACCAAGUUCAAGGGCACCCUGGCCCAGAAGUUCAUGUUUGUGGAUGGAGACCGGGCCAUCUGUGGCUCCUACAGCUUCACGUGGUCGGCUGCGAGGACGGAUCGGAACGUGAUCUCAGUGCUGUCUGGCCAGGUGGUGGAGACAUUCGACCGGCAGUUCCAGGAGCUGUACCUCAUGUCACACGGCGUCAGCCUCAAAGGCGUCUCCAUGGAGAAGGAGCCUGAGCCAGAGCCCAUCGUGCUGCCCUCUGUGGUCCCACUGGUGCCCUCGGGCACCGUGGCCAAGAAGCUCGUCAACCCCAAGUAUGCGCUGGUCAAGGCUAAGAGUGCCGAGGAGAUUGCUAAGAUCUCCUCUGAGAAGCAGGAGGUGGGGAAGCCCCCGGGGUUGCGGGGCCCGGCUCUGGCCGAGCAGCCAGUGGACGGCCCUGAGCCGGCCCUGCCCAUUCACCCGGGGCUGCUGAACCUGGAGCGGGCCAACAUGUUCGAAUACCUGCCCACGUGGGUGGAGCCAGACCCGGAGCCGGGCAGCGACAUCUUGGGCUACAUCAAUAUCAUCGACCCCAACAUCUGGAACCCCCAGCCCAGCCAGAUAAACCGCAUCAAGAUCCGAGACACAUCACAGAACGGCGCCCAGCUCUGGAAGCCUAGCCAGGACGGCAUCCCCACCCCAGAGCCCAGCGCCCCCCAGGACGGGGUCCCUGCCAGGAACGGCCUCCCCCAGGAGGACCCUGAGUCACAGCCCCCCGUGCCCAAGCCCCGGACAGUCCCCGUGGCAGACGUGCUUGCCCAGGAUGGCAGUAGUGUUGGCUGGGCCCCAGAAAGCCCCAAAGAGGCGGUGCCCCAGAAUGGGGCAGACCACGAGGUGCCCAGGACCCCCGAGGCAGGCCAUGCCCCACCCCUGCGACAGAGGUCUCUGACCCAGGAUGACCCUGAUGGCAGGCGGUCAGUGACCCCCAACGGGCUAGAUGGGGACGAGGAGGAAGACGACGACGACUACGUGACCCUCAGUGACCAGGACAGCCUCUCGGGCAGCUCUGGCCUCGGCCCUGGCCCCCGGCAGCCAUCCGUGGCCUCCUCUUCCGUCUCAGAUGAAUAUUUCGAGGUGAGGGAGCGCUCAGACCCCCGGAGGCGCUACUCAGAACAGGCGGCCAAUGGGCAGACUCGGCCCCCCCGCCGAAGGCUGAGUGCCCCCCACACGACCCGCGGGACCUUUGGUGGACCCCUCUGUGGCUCACCGUGGGCUCAGGGUCGGGAGAGAGAAAAGGCGGGCACUCUGAGGAGGAUGCAGGCCUUGCGCUCCACGGACACGGAGGCACAGGACCAGCAGUUCCACCAUCAUGGAGUCCCGCCCUCGGGGACCAAGGGUAAAGAAGGCUUCCCACAGCUGGUGAAGACCCCAAGACCCCCGCAGGGCUGCCCCAUUGCCGAGGGCGCCCAGAGCUCUACCAGGAAAGCGGGACCCCAUCACUGGCAGGCCAAGGGUGGCCUUGUGCCCCGCACGCUGCCAGAUCCUGGAAGUCCAAGGCUGGCCCAAAACGCCAGACCCCAGACCGACGGCAAGGCCACCGAGGCACAUCUAUCUCCUUUUGGAAUACCGUUCUCCAAACUGUCCCAGUCAAAGCACCUGAAGGACAAGACGGGCGACGGCCAGUGGGCCUCAUCUGAUUCUAAACGGAGGGUCCAGUCCCCCCGGGACCGCAAGGAUCCCUAGCACCGUG